ACCACCGUCGCGCCCCAUCCGCCCCAGGCGACCAACAUAUCGUCUAGUCGGCACAUAGCUGCGCUCAAAUAGAGCUACCGACUCAAGCAGGCCACCAUGUCACAAACCGACUGCUUGCAAGCCCUCCAACAGGCCAUCAAGGCGAACACGCCAAUAUCCUACACCACAUCUGCGAACGAGUCCACCACGUCCCUUCUCUCAGCGUCACAAAUCCUCAUUGGGUCUACACCCUUCCCCAAAGAUGCACCCACACGAUACACGCGUCCAACGGCGGCUGCAGGCGGCGCGGGCGACCCCGUGAGCAGCCCGAGCAACUUCUUCUCGCUGAGCGCCGUCUAUCUUGCAUGGCUAAUGCGGGACACACCCGGAGCGGAAUACAUGAAGGCAGCACGUGAGAAUGGAUUGACGGUGGGAUUCGUGAGCGUCACAGAGCGGAAGGCCGUCGUUGAGUGGUUGGAGGGCAAAGGCUCGGGCAUAGGCAGGGUUGUCCCGAUUGCCGGAGAAACAACAACACCGCCUGGGUCACCUCUUGCUUCGCCCCGGAGACCCGUCUCACCAUCGAAGCGCGCACAUGGGACGACAGAUGCAGUAUCAUCCCCGUCAAAACGACCCUACGUCGCCGACACUGCAGACCUAGAAGUAGUAAAGAGGAUACGAGCAAACGAGGUUGAGCUAAGGGAUCGGAACACUGUCCUCCGCGGUGUUAAAUCCAAUAAUUUCUCGGCUCUACAUCUUAUGUAUAGCGAUAAAAUAAAAAAGCUUAAGGAGGGUAAACCUGCCACCUCCGCCACUCCAUCGGCGUCCGCAGGAAAUGCUAUGCAGCCUCGGAAAGCCAAACAUACCUACCCAAUUAUCGUCAUCUCCUCCUCCCCAACUUCUCUUAUCACAAUGCACAACGUCAAGCGCUUCCUCCAAGAAUCUACCUUCGAACUCUCCGCUGACGCCCGCGCACGCGAGGGCAACGCCCGGGCCGAGGACGUUGUGCACAUCGAUCGCCUUCGCCCUUCCCUCCUGUCCAACUCUACGCAGAAUGGCAGCGGCAGCGGUGCGGGCAAGGUGAACGGUGCGACGCGGGGCCAAAUGCAGCGGUACUUUGUCGUGGAUGGGGUAGAGGCGCUGAACAAGUUUGGGACGGAUGCAUGGGACAGGGUCGUUUGUGUAAUGACGACAGGGCAGACAUGGCAGUUCCGACCGUAUAAGUGGAGUGAUCCACGAACGCUAUUCCACCAUGUCAAGGGUGUGUACGUUACCUGGACGAAUGACCCGCCAAACACAAAGAUCAAGGACUGGAACGUCACCGAGCUCAAGAUCGACCCCCACCGGCGACACGUCGACAAGUCCGUCGUCGCCCACUUUUGGCGCAUGCUGGACGACUGGACCCUCGCGAACAAGCCGUGGCUCAUCAAAGCUUAGGUUCAUUCUCUUCCCAUUAAACCGUUGCGGCAGAACCAAGCGAAGAGGUGAUGGAUG